AAUUACACUCAACGGUCACUGUUUAGUUUUUUUUUGCUAAAAAAAAAGUCUCACACGUGUCAUCACACGCUCUUUAUGCUUCUCUCUCUUGCUCUGUCUCUGGACUUUCUUUUACUGACUCCUCCUGUCCUUGUCCUUCUGUUGUUUCCUCUUCUUGAAGGUUUCUUUCGAGAGAGAGAGAAGAGAAAACUUUGAGUUUUAAAAAGAAAGAGAGAGAAAUGAAAGAAGGGAAAGCGUUUUUUAAGUCCAGGAUGAAAUGGGUUGGUUUAGUUGGUUUGGUUUUAUCAGCUUUUUCACUCUUUGUACACUUUUUGCUCGCAAGAUUCACUGAAUAUGGCUUCUCAGAAUACCAGUCUUCCAUAACAAUCUUCUCUUGGAGACCUAUUUUUGAAACUUCACACCUUCAAAGAACGAGCCCAUUGUAUAGAAGACUUUGGGGUCCAGUUGGGCAAUUGGAAUCUGUACAUCCAGAUGCAAAUCCUAGAGGAUACUAUGCAGCAGGUCCUAGUGCUAAGACAAAUGGGUACAUUUUUGUCAGAAUACAAGGAGGUUUCCAUGAGAUUAGGAGCUCGAUUUGUGAUGUGGUUGCGGUUGCUCGGUUUCUUAAUGCCACUUUAGUUGUUCCAGAGAUUCAACAAACAACAAGCAAGAAGGGAAUCAGCUCGCAGUUCAAGAGUUUUGCAUACCUCUAUAAUGAGGAUCAAUUCAUCGCGGCUUUAGAAAAAGAUGUCAAUAUUGUGAAAACCCUGCCUAAAAGUCUUAAAUCAGCAAGGAGAAAUAAGGAGAUCCCAGUGUUUAGAGUGCCAUACUCAGCUUCACCAUAUUAUUAUUUGCACAAUGUGCUUCCUAUUUUGAUCAAGCAUUCUGUAGUCGAACUAGUUGUCUCUGAUGGUGGAUGCUUGCAGGCCAUUCUUCCGCUGCAUCUUGAAGAGUAUCAAAGACUCAGAUGUAGGGUUUCUUUUCACGCUUUUAGGUUCCGACAAGAUGUUCAGGAACUGGCAACUAAUAUUUUGCAUAGGUUACGGGCUCCUGGAAGGCCAUUUAUUGCCUUUGAUCCUGGGAUGACAAGAGAUGCUUUAGCAUAUCAUGGUUGUUCUGAACUCUUCCAGGAUGUGCAUGCUGAACUUAUUCAGCAUAGAAGAUCAUGGAUGAGAAAACGUGGGAUAAUAAAGGGGCAGCUUUCUGUAAAUUCUGCAAAGCAACGCCUCAAGGGUUCAUGUCCAUUGAUGCCAGAAGAGGUUGGUAUUCUUCUUCGUGCAUAUGGAUACUCAAGGGACACUAUCAUAUAUGUCUCUGGAGGAGAAGUUUUUGGAGGCCAAAGGACAUUGAUCCCUCUUCAUGGAAUGUUUGAAAAUGUUGUUGAUAGGACUUCCCUCAGCACAGUUUGGGAACUCAGUAGAAUUUAUGGUCGUGAGGCUAACCUUGAUGAAAAUUACCCAAGGGCUCUGCCAUCUGCUCAGGAUGAAAUGAAGCUUGAUGCAUGGAAAAACUCUGGUCCUCGUCCUCGUCCUCUUCCACCUCCUCCUGCCAGACCCAAGACUUAUAAUAUUGAAGGCUGGUGGGGAUGGGUGGCUGAAAGUGAUAAUGAGCCUGAAAGUACAGUUGUAGAGUUGAGGACUAAUGCCCAUAAAUUACUAUGGGAAGCAAUAGACUAUUUCAUUUCUGUUGAAGCUGAUGUUUUCAUCCCUGGAUUUGAUCGUGAUGGUAAGGGGCAUCCAAAUUUUGCCAGUCUGGUUAUGGGACACAGAUUGUAUCAGUCAGCUGCGUCUAAAACAUACAGGCCAGACAGGAAAGAAGUUGUCAGGCUUUUGGAACAAAUCCGUGGCCACAUAUAUCAUGCAAACCAUACCUGGUUAACGUCAAUACGGAGGCAUUUGCGGAGCUCUUUAAUUGAUGGACUGAUUGAAGCCUCAAAUAAGUCAAAGUCUUCAUCGUUUCUUUCACAUCCGGUCCCUGAAUGUUCUUGCUUGAGGCCUGAUUCUGGUGAAACAUCAACUAAUGCUUCAAGUCUGUCAGCACACUCACAAGUUCAGACAGCUCUUGGAGUCUUACAUCGUUGCCCUGCUUGGAUGGACGGUGAAAAAAGUUCAAGCUCAAAGGAAAAGGAAAAUGAAGAGGAUAUUGAUGAAAAUGAUCCAUCAUCAUCUGGAUUGUUUUUUCAGCAUUCUGGAAGUCAUGAUGUUGGAGGUGAAGAUAUAAACCUCAAAGAAGAAUCUCAAUUCGAGGAUCAAGAAGAAGAUGGCGGUGAUUGACAAUGGGUGCUUAUUUAUUUUGUUCAAGUUCCUAAAAUGCUGCGUCAGCAUUGAGGUAUCAACGUGAGUGUGUGUGUAUAUACAUAUAGUUUCUUCUGCUGAUUCGGGGUAAGAAAGAAUUUUUCGAUUUCUGGUUCAAGAUGGAGAAGCAAGGUACCUCACACCAGUUCUAAAACUCCAUUGACUUACGCCUGUAAUCAGAUCCAUCAGAUGUGAUAUUAAGCUCUUUCACAUGGUGAUCUAUCAUAUAAUUCAAGCCUCGUAGGGAAAAGCUAUAAUGCCUCUCUUCAUGUAAGCCUGCAACCAAUUUUGACUAUUCUAGCUUGUUCUUAAAAGGAAAAACAUAAAUUUUGUUUCAGAAAAUUCUUAAUUUUUCUUGGCAUUUUUCAUGCAUGAAUUUUAUGUAACAUGAUGAAGAACAGAGUUAGAUAGGUGUCCUUAAUCCAUUUCCCUUUUUAAGUGAUGCAAAUAUGAUAUCAAAUUGCUGAGUUCAUUAGGUAGAAAUAUAAUUAUGAUAAUACUAUUGACAGGGAAGCAAAGCUC